GGAAAUGGAGCUUUGAUGCAAACACACCACAGCGGGAGCUCCCAUUCAGUAAGCUGUUUUAACUGAAGAUGCUUUUAUUACUUAGGAAUAUUCAGUUAUGAAGGCAUAUGAUUAAUCUACUGAGACAAUUGUUUUAAUACCAACGCUAACAAAGUAUGGAAGGCUAUAAUAGAGGGACGACAGCGUCAUGAAAACUGUUUGGUUUGGCAUUGGCUUGUUCUCAAUUUUAGAGGACUCUGGACCUCAGGAAAAACAACAACAUGACCGCUUCCUGGAGAUCAAAGCCAACCCUUUUCCUCGUCUGUUUAUUACUGUCUGCAACCGGAGCUUUGCCAGGACAGUUCCAGCUGGAGCCUCUGAAUGCAACAGUGCUCCUUGGUUCUGACGUGCGAUUCAAUGCCAGCAUGCAAGGACUAUGGAAUGUCAUGACCUGGACUGUGGGAGAAUUUCUGGUCACCACUGUCCUGAACAGCGGGGAAAUCACCUCCGACCCAGAGAUGUUCUCUGCCAGAUUCUGCUCAAUCGGUGACACCAGCUGUGUGGAGUUCACCAUCCAGAACGUGUCCCACCAUGAAUCGGGGCCUGUAAUCUGCAGUGUGCAGGGGGACUAUGGCUCGAAGACGGCACAGCUCUAUGUACAAGAGAGUGGUACCCUGCACAUCAUGGGUGGAAAUGUGACGGUGAUGCAGGAAGAGCAGGUGGAGUUCCAGUGUGUAUUGUCCAAAUGGUUCCCCAUACCUACUGUCAGCUGGACCUGGAACAAUGAGGCUGUGAACAGCAGCCUGUACAACACCACUAGCAUGACUGCUGGGGAUUCCUUCAUCUCCACCAGUGUCCUGAAGUUCCAGGCAGUCAGGGACACCCAUGUGGAGUGCCGGGCGACUCUGGAGUCACUGACCAGCCCACAAUCCAGCUCAGUCUACUUGGUGGUUGUUCCAAAGCCUACGGAUUGGACCGUGCUGAUAGCUGUGGUCGUGUCCAUUGGAUCUUUUGCUCUGCUGGUUUUGCUUAUAUUCGGAAUCAUCUUCUGCUACAAAAGGAGGAAAGAAAAAAAAACCACCUACGAAAAUGAAAUGAGCAGAAGAGUGAGGACUCAGAGCCAGAUCAGCACUGUCCAUGUAGCUGGACAGAAUCAGGGCCAGGUGAACCCAGGAUAUGUGCCGUCGGGUCAAACAAGUAUCGCUCCCAGUGAACUCAAUGACAGCGGCUUUUUUCAGGCAAAUGGCUCCACUGUUUUUGAGAGCCCUGAUGUUGUGAACAGUACCAACACAGGAAAUGCUUACAUCAGUGUGGAUAAACCAGCCUUCAGGAGACACAGACAUGUCACCAUUGUGUGAGAACAGACAGAUGAGUUCUGGGACAAACUAUUGCAGAAAAAAGGAAAGAAAGGACUGGCUCCUUCUGAGUGUGUGCUGUAGUAAAGACCAUCACAUUAACACCUGGAGCAGGGAUAGAGGCUGGACCAGCCCUAUCUGUUAUGUCUGUUCUAGUUUAUACUGAGAAAUAAAUGUUUUACAGAUGUUUUACAUAAUUCAAAUGAAAUAUUCAAAAGGAACCAUUUUAAACUUCCUAGCUUCUCUCAGAGCGGUACAUGUCAAAAUGCUUAUUGCAGUAUUGAGCAAAUCCAGCUCACUAAAUGUUAGGUUUGAGUGUAAUUUAUUCUACGCCUCAGUUAAUGGGAGUAAUGUGUGUAUUAAAAUUGCAACACUUCUACCA